AUGGAACUUGAUCCAUACUGGACACUCAUUUUGUACAAAUGCGGGUUUGUCUUAAUCCUUAUGUUUUGAGGAUGGCCGCCACUUGUUAGUGUCUGUGUGUGUGUUCUUCUGAGAGAGAGAAUACAAGAGAUCUGUGCGACCGUGAACGUAGGAGAUUAUUGCUCUGAACCACGUAAAUCGUUGUCUUCUUUCUUAUUGCUUCUAACCCCCUCUUGAGAGUGUGAGAAGAGAGUUUAUUGUGUGUUGUUUCCAACACCCAGACCAGUGCAUAUUGCCAGCUUCACCCGAAUUCUCAAUAUUCAAAUGUUUGGUGAUAGACCCGAUCCCUCUGCCGAAGCAAGUCAAUUGUCAUGAGCAUGGGCUGGCAGAAAAAUAUCGACGUGCUGUCAUAUAUAACAAUGAAUGUCCAGCUAGCAACAAGCAAGUCUUUAACAUUUCCUGCCUCUUCCUGCAGUUGGAUCGUCAACACCUCUCUCUCUUGAACGGUGGCAAUGGCUAUAAGCGGCCCAUCUUCUUCCCCUCAGUACAGCAACAGCAAGGCAAAUAUCGUGCCUUCUUCGGGGAUCAUCCAGAAAGCAUGGGCCUGCAUCUCAGGCACUACCCAACAGCCUUCUUCUUCUUCAACGACCCAAUUGCCCUUCCCCUGCUGGGAGUUCUCCAAGUCGACGAUCGUGGUAUUUAAGAACGCAACUACACCGCCCGCACCAGUUAUCGAUGGCUCCAGCAGUAGUGCUCCUCUGGUUCCAGUGGAGAGAUCAGGCCACUUUGGAUUCCUCCUCACCGAAGACAACAGCAGUAUCAGCCUCCACAACGCCGCUCUUUCCUGCUUCAAUUCGCUUCUCCCCAACUUCAAGGAGCAAUUCCUUCCUUACCUGCAAAAACGAGAGAAAAAUCAGCCACCGCUCCGCCCGCUCAUACUGGCGGGACAGUCGCUCUGGGGCUCCGUCGCUGCCUUGUUCACUCUGUGGCUUUUGAACAACCGGCACAAGUCUGCACCCAGGCCCUUGUGCAUCACCUUUGGCUCCCCUUUCAUAGGAGACGAAGGUCUUGCGAAAGCCAUCUGCAAGUAUGAUCUGUGGAAGGUUGGAUUCUGGCAUGUCCUCUGCUUAUACGGACACGACUUCCGGCGAAUUUCCACCAGCAUUGAACAACAAUUCAGGCCAUCCGGCACCUAUUUUCUCUGCCCAGAAUUAGCUGCUUUCGUAUGCGUUAGUGACCCGGAUUUGGUCGUCCAGUUGCUGCAACGUUGCUCAGAGGAAUCAGCAGGAAGAUCUCAUGAUCAGAUAAAUAUUGAAUAUGGUGGGUUGUUAACACGACACAAAGAGAGGGCAAUUAAUGGAGAGCGAGAUGAACCACGCAGCGGUGAGUCAAGGCCGGCAACCGGCGUGGUUCCACAGCUAGUAGCGAUGGGAAUCAAGGACGAUCAUCCGGCUUAUGCUUCUAUUGCUGAAGCCUUGAAAGUGGAGCACAGUGUGCCGCAAAAUGCUCCUUCCUCUCGGGCUCUCUACAAAGUUAAGAAGAACAUGGCCCAGUUGGAAUGGUACAAGAAAGCCUGCGAAAAGGAAGGCGAUAACUAUUAUGACGCUUACAAGAGGCGAAGCCAAGAACAGGACAUAGAUGCUCAGAUCCCCAUGAGCAAACUCAUGAGCUACUGGGAGAAGGAGGUGAUGAGAGCCGAAAAAAAGCCGCACACACCGGAUUUCCCCCUCCGGGACAAGUAUCUGUUCGCCGGAACGAACUACAGGCGACUGGUCGAGCCACUAGCCAUUGCCAAAUAUUAUAGGAAAGGCGAUGAGACGAGUUCUUACAUGACCGCUGGUCAAAGGGAUCACCAUUUUGAGAAGCUUGAACAAUGGGCAGGGAUACAUUCAGCGAGGGGAAGGAGGGACGAAGCUGCGAGCCUAACCGAAGACUCGUGCUUCUGGGCUCGUGUGGAGGAGGCCAGACGGAGCAUGAACAAAGAGGCUGAAGGAGCCAUGGAUGAAUUACAGGAAUUUGAGAAUCAAGUGAUGAACCUGAUUGGCAGGCUUGCGCUAUCGCCGGAGGUAUUCCUAGAGAAGAGCACAUUCAUGAAAUGGUGGGAAGAGUAUGAUCAGAAGCGCCUUACUCCCAAUUCACCUUUCACUGAGUUUAUGAGGGAAGAGAGGAACCGUCAUUUGUUCUACUCACCAGAAGCAGUUAAUAGGUACAGGUAGACCUUCUCCCUAACGAUGAUGAACCAUCUCUCUCUCUCUCUCAGUCUCUCUCUUAAGUCUCGCCAUAUAUCUCCCCAUUUUCGCCUCUCUCUCUCGGUUAAGGAUCCGUCUUUUCUUCUAUCCUCAUUCACUGUCUCAAACUUUGCUUUGCAUUCACGGAAGAGGGCUGACUAGACAAGCUUCAAAAGAGCCUAAACUUACUGGGGAAUCAAGGUGAUCAGCAGAUUGUGUUUCCCCUCUACCCUGCGCUUUAAUCAAAUCGUGUAUGAUGAUUAGUCUUUCAUUUUCAGAAUUUUAUUGAUUUGAACUCUGUUUUUGUACUGGUUUGGUGAGGGCUUUAUUGACUGUUUAUUAAAUAGAUGGGAUUUUGGGUUCUAAGAGUGUUCAAUGGACGCAUUGUUUGUCAUCAAUUAUUGACUUUAUGUCUUGCUCUUGCCCUCUCUCACUGUACUGUGCUGCCGGAGGACGCCUCUAUGCCAUGUCCCCUCUUUGGUUUCCCCUUCCCCUUUCGUGUUUACUUUUUGCCCCCAGUGAUAUUGCCGGAAUCCUUUGCCCUUAUUGAUAUUCAAAGGGUAGGAUUUGAACUGCAGAUGAUAAAUUGUUUCAUGCGUGAAGAGCCCCUCUUGGCAAAGGAAUGAAAGCGGUGUAAGAACCCCACUCUUGGCUAGCUGCCAUUUUAAUUUAACAAUUUCUAGAGCGAUUCUCUGAAAAUGAGGAUUGAUUUCUUGCUUAAGAACACACAAGAGAACAAUAUGUAUAAUAGCCGAUAUUAAUACAUGCACAUACUGUUGGGAUUUCUCCCCUUAUGCAUAUACAAAAGUAUAUGCUCUAAACAAAACAGGAUCAUGCUCAUGCUAAAUCAUUGAAAUAAACAUAACCUUAAAU